CUUGCAGUAACAUAACGAUUUAUCAGCUUAAAUAUCUUUGCAAAUAUUUGAUUCCAACCACCAACGCCAUCCUUUCUCUGAGUAAGAAUAGGAAGCAACGAAAGAAAUGAUGAAUAACAAUAUAAAGGAAUUCUCCAGCAUAGGAGAUCAGUUUAUCACGCCCGUUCUAGAUGAGACGCCUAUACAGAAAUUUUAUAAGGAUAAGGGUGUUUUCCUCACCGGUGGAACUGGCUUUUUUGGAAAAAUUAUAAUCGAUAAAUUGCUGCGCGUCACCGAAGUGAGUCAAAUCUAUUUGCUUAUACGCAGCAAAAAGGGUAAAGAUGUCUAUUCCCGCAUCGAAGAUCUAUUCAAUGAUCCUGUGUUUGAGAAAUUGAAAAAGUGCAAUCCCAAGUAUCGACAGAAAAUCACCAUCAUCAGCGGUGAUUGCUCGCUACCCGCGUUGGGCAUCACGCAAACCGAACGUGAGCUAAUCAAGGAGAAUGUGAACAUUGUCAUCCAUGGGGCGGCGACGGUGCGUUUCGAUGAGAAAUUGAAAAUGGCCAUUGCCAUAAAUGUGAAUGGCACAAAGGAGAUACUGCAGUUGGCUAGAGAGAUUGUCCACUUGAAGGCACUCGUCCACGUUUCGACCGCCUUUGCUCACUGCAAUCAUCGCUAUAUACAGGAGCGCUUCUAUCACAGCGCCAUUACUGGUGAGAAUGCCUGCAAGCUGGGUGAAUGUCUCGACGAGCAUACGCUCAACGCGCUGGCAGCGACCAUAAUCAAAGGAUAUCCAAACACGUACACAUACACCAAAGUGCUAGCUGAGGAUAUUGUACAAAACUAUGCGGAGAAAUUGCCAGUGACGAUAUUUCGGCCAGGCAUUGUUAUCACCACCUACAAGGAACCCAUCUCCGGUUGGAUCGAUAACAUGUAUGGACCCUGUGGCAUAAUAGUAGGCAUUGGUUCCGGCGUGUUGCGUGUCUUCAGCGGGAAGGUCGACAACAAAGCCAACAUAGUACCAGUAGAUUUGUCGGUAAAUGCGCUGCUGGCCAGUGCCUGGGAUAUAGCGCGUAACACUUACGAUGAACCACCCAUCUACAAUUAUGUGCCUGAUGCAGACAAUAUGGUCACUUGGAAAGAGUAUAUGGAAUAUGGCUUCGAAUAUGGCUGCAAUAUACCGAUGCGAAAAUCCAUUUGGUAUCCACGCUUCACAAUUGUACCCUGGCGUUGGCAAUUUGUGAUUUUGUCAUUUUUUUAUCACACAGUGCCAGCCAUGUUUAUGGAUCUGUCCAUGCUUGUCGUUGGAAAGAAACCAAGAAUGUUAAAGAUUUACCGCAAAAUACACAAAUUUUGCUCUGUGAUGGAAUACUUCAGUUCUAACGAUUUCAAAUUCGAUAAUAAUAAUGUGCGCGCGUUAUCAGAGAAAUUGGAAGGUGCCGAUAAGCAGCUAUUUGGCUUUGAUAUGCGCCAUCUCGAUUGGAAGGAACUCUUUCGAGUCAGCUUGGUGGGGCUGCGCCUAUAUGUGGUGAAGGAUGAUCCACGAAGCGUGCCGGAAUCGAUAAAACGUCAUGAGCGUCUAAAAGUGCUGCAUUAUACGACGCUCUUCAUUGUCUACUCGCUGGUGUUAGCGUUAUUUUAUAAAAUUUUUAGUUAUUUCCUUUUCUAGUAUUUCAUUUAGCAUACCAAAUUAUUAAUUAAAGUAUUUUCUAAAUUUGCAUGCAGUGUACAAAAUAAAAAUAAACAAAAAAAAAAAAAAAAAAA